AUGACUGCCUCAGGUCUGCUGCCCAAGAGUUCACCUGAAAACACCACUACUGCACCAUCAAAUUGCUCACCUACCGAGUUCAGCUGCCUAUCCGUCACCCACUGCAUACCAGCAGGCCAACAAUGUGACUUCCUCAGACAGUGUCCUGACGGUUCGGACGAAAGUCACUGCGGCGCCUGUGAUUUUUCGGUGGACAUGUGUGGCCUAGAGGCCACACGCGCACAGAGCCAGCCCCGAUGGACACGUUUAUCCACCGUUCUGGUUUCACACAAUGAAGCACGCUUUCCCUCCUUCCCUCGAGAAGACAGCAGCCAUGACGAGCGCGGCUUCUACGCUGCCUUCCUCAGGACAGAUGCCGUGCACCUUUCUGUGGACGUUGUGGAAACACUGAGAGAUAAAGACAAUACAGAGACUGUCAGAAGAAGGGUGCUACGUGUUCGGGAUGACUUGGACCAAGUUACUUGGAAGAUGCAGGCAGUGAACGUCGGAAACCGACGUCCCGGUGCCAGAUUCUACUUUUCUGCUGCUGAAAACGUCAGUAUCGACGACAUCGAGUACCACCACUGUCACCCUGAGGAUACAACAGAUGAAAGUGUUAAUUGUACUUUUGAAACGAAGAACGGGUGCGGCUGGUACCAAGAGAAUAUAGCAGACUCCGGUGAAUGGGAGGUUCUUUCUGGCAAGCCUUUGUCUGCCAUACCUGACCACACGACAGGACAUGUUACCUGCAACUUUGAAGAAGGGCCAUGCGACUGGGCAUUGGAUGGCUGGGUGGUGGACACAGGUUACAGUUUCAAGGUCGUUCCAAAUGAUCACACUACUGGCACAAGUACAGGCAACUUCGCAAGGCUUGAUAAGCCGAGUGGCCACCUAGUCAGUGCAGACCACGACUUGAGUUUGGCGGAGCGGCGAUGCUUUCGUUUUUGGCAUUUCUUCACGGGGCAACGCGAAAUGGCUCUCAGUGUAUAUCAGCACGUUGCCACCCCAGAAGAAUCUCCAGAGCUCGUGUGGAGCAUCAACGGAGAAGACCGACUUCCGAGACAGUGGUUAUCCGGAUCAGUGAACAUAGCUGUCAACACUACGGCAUCCGUGCGGCUCGAGUUGGUGGGUAAGAACCCACCGAGAAACGACAGUGCGCUGGCCGUCGACGACUUGCUGUUUUCCGGUUGGGAGUGUCCGAGACCUGGCAGCUGUACCUUCGAGGACGACCUUUGCAACUGGAGGAACGUUGGUGGUCCUAAAAACCUCACGUGGGAACGGUGGUCGGGCCCAACACCUGACCGCAGUGGCCCAACGGCAGACCACACUGUCGGCUCAAGACAUGGUUAUUUUUUAUUACUGGAUGCCGAAUCUGCCAAAAAGAAUCGGUUGGGCGUCCUUGAAAGUGAGCUACUUCACUACUCACCAAAGAGCUGCCUCCAGUUUUACUACUACGUGGAUCCAGAAGGCACCCAAGCAGACCUUUCGGUGCAAUACGCGUGGCGUGGAAGAGCAUUCAGACACGUUCCAGUGUUGGCCAAAGAAAUAUUCGAAGGAUGGCAACUUUUUCGAAGUGUUCAAAGUGACUUGCCUGUCACCUACAAUAUCCAGAUUAUCGGUUACCCGGGAAGUGAUGACGCAUCCGACAUAGCCAUUGACGACAUCGAAGUGUUCGACGGCGAGUGCAUCGAAAGUUUUCCACAGCUCGACGCUUCAAAACCUCGAAACUCGACCCCGUGGGAUUGCGACUUCGACUUCGAUUUUUGUUCUUGGAACCAAUCGGAUGUCACGUGGCUCAUCCGGUCUGGUCGAACAGCUAUAUUGAAUGGUGACGGCCCACACGUGGAUUCGAAGCUCCGUUCACCAGAAGGGAAGUACGCUUACUUCUCGCUGAAGUCUUCGUCACCCAACAACUUUCUCGUCAGCGCGCCACUACAGUCUUCUAGUCGGGAUUAUUGUGUCGAGUUCUGGUACUUCUUCUACAGCCUGUCUCCGGUGCAGUUGCUCAUGGGUUUAACGAAUAGUGUGGAAGCCGCUGGGAAGCAUCUGGCUGUGCACGUGCAGCAGCAGCCACAGCAGGACCUUGUUUUGGCAGAAAUUGCUCUUGACCAGAUGCGUGUGGCUCCAAGUGGGACGUGUAGACAUCCAGCUGGAUCCCUGUGCGACUUCGAAGGAGAUGGUUUCUGCGGCUUCAAAGUGGACAGCACUGGAGGAGGGCAGUGGCGAAUGGCCACGGGGAACAAGCAGUACAGUGAUCACACGUUCGGAGGUUCUCACGGUGGCCACUUCCUACUCCUGCACCUGAACGAACAGAAGCCGAAACAAAGGCCUCCUUACAUCACCAGCCUGGUGCUUCCCGAGCAGUCGCCGACGAAUGCGCGGUGUCUUACCCUGUGGUACUUCAUAGAUGGCACUGGUGUUGGACACCUGAACGUUUCGGUACGAGCACCGGGAAGCACAGCGUCUGACUUGCAGAACAUGCUGUUCGGAGUCCCGUCAGCCGGCUGGCGAUAUGGAAGCGCCACUGUGAUGUCGGCUUCAUGGCACGAGGUGCUCUUGACGGCCGAGGUGGAGCACGGUGGUUCGGUAGCGGUGGGGCUCGACGACAUAUCGCUUAGGGAAGGACAAUGUCCCGAGAUAGGGUACUGUGACUUCGAAGGGCCGGACUUGUGCGGGUGGGAAAACGCUGACUCCGACGUGCAAAGAAUGUGGGUGCGAAAUCGAGGCUCCGCACCAAAUUCGUCUACCGGGCCUCUGGCCGACCACACUCUGGGAACUCGUGACGGAACGUAUGUGUAUUUGGACGGCAGAACCAAAAGGGCAGAGGAAACGUACAACGGCCUAUUGAAAUCUCAAAGCUGGAUUGGAGGCAGCCCUUAUUGCUUUUCUCUGUGGCUCCAUAUGGGUGUCACCGACGUUGGCUCUAGUAGCAGUGCACUACGUGUGAUCGUUGUCUACGUCAACGAGUAUGGAAAAGAAAAACGGGAACCCAUUAUUGUGGUCACGGGAAAACAAGAGAAGCAAUGGGAACAAAAGAAAGUUACAAUCGACCUUGUUAGUAGCCCUUUCAUGGAGUUUAGAGUGCUCAUUGCUGGUAAAACUGGUGAAUCCGAAGGAGGAGAAAUCGCGAUAGAUGACAUCAGUAUCAGCCAUGGUGCUUGUCAUGAAAGCUUGGAAAUGCAGUUCCACUGCCAUGAUGGUAUUACUGUCGUGAAUGUUUCUCAAGUGUGCGAUUUUAAAGAGGACUGCCCGAUAAACGGCGAUGACGAGCAGUUGUGUGGACAGUGUGACUUCGAUGCAGACACUUGUGGUUGGUUUGGUGAGGAUGGGGCCGCUGGUUGGAACUGGACGAUAGCCAAAGACACUGAGGCCAAUUCACCACUACCACGAAAGGAUAAAAGCAAAGGGGAUGCACAUGGUGGUUAUGUUUACACGGCAGGGCGCAGGCACCUUACCGAGUCAGGAGACCUCUUACGCAGUCCUAAUAAUACAUACCGGCUAAAGCGAUCUGGAAAAGACUGCACCCUACUCUUUUGGUACUUCACCUCGGGGCGUUUCAUUAAGCUAGCUGUGCGUAAGCACAUUCUUGACCACGAUAUCACACUGUGGCUUCUAGAAAAAGCAGGAGAAAAUGUGUGGGUGGAAGGUCAGGCUACGAUUGGGCGCAGCCAAACGGAAUUCACCCUGUCCUUUGAGGCUGGGUCUUCGAUGACAUCGUCGGCGACGUUUGCUGCUCUCGAUGCGAUUAGCUUUGAAAACUGUGCCUUGCCCACCCCUUCUCUUGAAAAAUGCAAUAGAUCGCAUGAAUUUAUGUGUCAUAAAAGUAGUGUUUGUAUUACAAGAAGUCAACUGUGUGAUCAUGUCGAUGACUGUGGCGAUGGCUGGGAUGAAGCUUCUGAUAUUUGCCAGAAUUACGCAACUUGCACAUACGAGCCAGGAGCCGAUCCCUGUUUUUGGUGGUCGGUGAGAAUAGACGCCAAGUCACAGGCCGUUCUUACAUGGAAGAUCAACACAGUGCCGUAUCUAAAAUUUGAUCAAAAUACAGGGCCGCACAGCGAUCACACAAUGGGUGGUCUAGGAGCUGGACGCGUGCUUUUACUUAAAGCUACAGAACGGAGCCAUUUUAAUGGUACGGCUCUUUACAGAAGUCCUAAUUAUGUUGCGAACCAUGGCGGCUGCUCAGUGACGUUUCACUACUUUGCUCACGGCAAGGAUGUUGGUGGAAUUGUUCUUUUUGCACAAUACCAGAACUACACAGAAAAGUCACAGUGGGAAAGUCUCUACGUGGUCGAGGGGCCAAGGGGCCAAAGUUGGAUUCGAGCUUCAGCUGUUGUUUAUAGUGACAAACCGUUCUGCUUUGUUCUCGAGGGAUCACUAGGUGCUGGAUACGCAUCUGAUAUAGCAAUAGAUGACAUUUCUUUAAGCCCUGGCUGCUUGUUGUACAAUGACACGCUUCCGAAUCCACCUCCACCACCGAUUCCCAAAUGCAGAUUGUCUCAGUUUGAGUGUAGGGAUGGUGGGUGCAUCCCAAGCCAGCAAGUGUGCGACUUCGAGCAAGAUUGCCUGGAUGGCUCAGAUGAGGAAAUGUGUGGACCAUGCAAUUUCGAGAAUGGUACUUGUGGAUGGAUUGAUCAAAGCAGAGGGGCUAAUGUUUGGCAAAUCAUGCAAGCCAAAGAUCUAGUUGAACCUGAGACGGACCACUCUACGCUUAGCGAAGAAGGUCACUUGGUGGCUUUAAAGACGCAAAGAAGCUCUUCCCAUGUGGCUCUGCUGCUUAGCCCAGUGCUUCCACCUUCUUCAUCUCGUUGCUUAAUGAGCUUUUGGUACUUCUACAAAGACAACCUGGCUGCUACUAAACUUACUAGUGCGAAAGACGGUGCUGCGAACAGUGAACUCUUAUUGAACUUGACUGAUGGACUGACUUGGACAAAGCAAGAGGUCCUAGUGCUGACAGGCGAAGAAGACCAGAGGAGCUUUCAAAUAAUUGUAAAGACAAACAUGAAAGCUAAUCACUCUAUCAUAUCAGGAAUUGCCAUAGAUGAGGUGGAAUUGUUUUACGGAAGCUGCAAAGAAGCUGAAAGACCUCCGAAACUUCACCCUCACUACCCUGUUCACCCUCUUGACUGUGACUUUGAAGAAGACGACUGUGCGUGGAGGAACAGUGGUGCAAGCGGUGCGAGUGUGUGGUUGCGUAAGCUUGGCAAUGAUCACGGUCAUCUCCAACCUUCAUUGCCAGAAACUGACCAUACGACACAUUCUGUUUACGGAAGCUUUGCCUACGUGGACUUCGUGUCUAAUGUAACCUUUGAAAAAUUGUCAGAAGAUAAUGCUAUACUGCAGAGCGAAUUUCCACUUCACGUUGGGACCGAAGGCGCUUGCCUUAAGUUCUUUUUCUUCGCCUUCGGAGAAACUUUCGUGCCGUUGAUCCUUCGUGAAAAAGAUGCGGUAACGCAGGCUUCUCGUGUCGCAUGGGCUAACGUUGCUUCAAAAGGACCCCAGUGGAACUAUGCACACGUGCGUUUCGAUGGUGACAGUGCUGUGUACUUGAGCUUUGAAUCCUCAAAGACGCAAGGUGGUUAUACAGCUCUUGAUGACAUCGCAGUGAACGUCGGUUCUUGCCCGAUGCCGCCACUAUGCGACUUUGAGGCGGACGACUGUGGCUGGCGUGCCAGGAAUGGCAGUGCACAGCUUCAGUGGGAGAGACUUGCAGCUGAAGACGUAACAGGUGGCCAGGACCACACGUUUGGCUUUGGAAGCGGUCACGUUCUUGCCGUGAAUACGUCUAAACAAGGGGCAGAAAUAGGGACAACAGUGACGACAUUCAGCGAAAUACAAGAAGCUAGAGGCAGCGGGUGUACCAGAUUUUGGUAUCAGUUAAGCGGUGGGCACAAGCUGUUCCUCGGCACCAGCCAAGGUGGCACACUAAGACCCGAAGCUACAUUUAGAGAGAGUCCGCUGCUCAGAAGGGGUGUCUGGCAUUCAGCUCAGGUCAACCUAAACUUCAUUACAACACUGCCGUUCGAAUAUUACCUACAAGUUGUAUUGUAUUCAACGGGAGGAGUCGCUGCUGUGGAUGACAUUCAGUUUGGACCAGAUGUGGACCACACGUUCAGUGAGUCGUUUGGAACUUACGUGGUGAUUCAGAAUAACAUCAACACUAUUGAUCCUCCAUCUGCUUUGGUUUCUCCCCUUCUAACAAAAUGCGACGACAUGUGCUUCAGUUUUUGGUCUUACCACGUUGGAACUAUGCCUCAUAUGCUGAAUUUUUUCCUUAGGACAGAUUCAGGAGACAAUGUCAUCGAAUAUUCGGCCACUGCUGAUGUAAAUGGGCAUCAAGUAAGCAGAGGAUGGUCAUUAAAACUGGAGGCAACGCCAUCCGCUCCACAAACCACUAUUGCUGUGGACGAAAUAAGCUUGAUUAAGUGUGGCAAGUCUCCUAUUAGAAGCUACUGUGAAUCUAAAGGGGAGCUUUCUUGCAAAGAGCCUCAGGGUGUUUGCUUCACAACAUCCGAGCUUUGUGACUGGAAUCCAGACUGUCCGGAUGGAUCAGACGAGUUGAACUGCAGCAGUUUUCCAGAGAGGUGCAACUUCGAGAAUGGAAUGUGUAGUUGGACAGAAGAACUUGUUCAAGGCCAUUCACGUUGGCAAGUUAUUAGCAGCACGAACCUGCCGAAUUACGACGGGCCAACCUUCGAUCACACGUUUAGGAAUUCUUCUGGGCAUUUCCUCUUUCUAGAAAAAAAUAACCUUGACAAAAGCCAUGCCAGAUUAAAAAGCGUUCAUUUUGAAAGAACGACGACACAAAAGUGUAGGCUUCGUUACUGGUAUGUUGUUUCCGGGAACGCUAUACUGAUGAUCAACCUGCUAGAUAUACAGUCAAAUGAGCUUCACAAUAUCAAAGAACUCCGGGCAAACAAUACCACACACGGGUGGCAUAAGGUGGAUGCAGCUCUGUCUUGUACAAAUGACUUUCAAGUCGUUCUGGACGGAUGGCCCGAAGGUAGUAUUGCCAUUGAUGAUGUCUCAUUUACAACAGACUGUCUGAUCUCCCAGUCUUCUCUUGUGCCAACAAUUUCACCCGGCAAUACAUGCAACAGUGAAACUGAAUUCACAUGCAAAGACAACAGCUGUGUCUUAAAGGAACUGUUUUGUGAUUUCAAGAGUGAUUGUCCAUUUGGCAGUGAUGAAGCGCAAUGUCCUUCAUCAUGCACUUUUGAGCAAGACGAGUGUGGUUGGGGCAGUCCAAAUUUGCCAAAUAGAGUUGUCUGGCGUUCUUUUACAGCUAUGGAAGCAACAGAGCGAAUAAAAAACAGCCCCGAUUCGGACGUAACGAAAAAUAGCUCUUCCGGUAGUUAUCUUUUGUUCUAUGUGGCUGAUGAUAGUAAUAAAAUAGACAGACCAAUAAAAAUGUUCUCUCCAACUUUCCAACAGUCUACUCCCAAUUGUAAGAUAUCUUUUUAUCAUUGGCUCACAAUUCCUUUAUUACACGUGCGACUGCUAGUUGUGGCUGACGGUUUUGAAGAAAUUUUGCUGUGGGAACGCACGUCAAAGCAAUUGGCUAAAUCUUGGGUUUUAGAGUCCAUUGGAGUUGGGCGUCGAAGCGGCCGCUUUCGUCUCGCUUUCGAAAUUGACUCGCCAUCAAAUGGUGGUGGGCUGCAUUUCGCUGUGGACGAAAUACAUUUUGUGGAUUGCGGCUACCCUAAAAAUGACGAAUUCUCUGGCGUAUCCUGCUCAAAGGAGAAUGCAUUCAAGUGCAAGUUGCGACAAUUCUGCGUCGCUAGCGAAAACACUUGUGAUCUUUACGAUGACUGCGGGGAUGGAAGCGAUGAAGAAGAAUGUAAAAACGAAAGAUUGACGUUCGAUGAUGAACGUACUGGCGUUUUUGCAUAUGAAGAUCCAAACAGAGCAGAUGGCAAUAACUCACUUCAGUUUGUACGAGGACGGUCACUGUUACGAAACAAUGAUGACACGGGCCCGCUUUUCGAUCAUACUACAUUCAACAGCUCUGGUGCAUACAUAGAGUUUGGCGGGGCCUAUCACGGUUUUAACAAGAUUGCUACACUUCAUUCUCUAACCGUACAACCCGGCACAUGUCGCAUGUCUUUCCACUCGUAUAUGUUCAGCCGGCAGGUGAAUUUGUUGAGCCUUUAUUUACGCUAUUACAAAAACAGCAGCAAUUCGCAAAAGGAAAUCUGGCGCCAGGAGGGUCCAAGGGGAGACUUCUGGGAGCGCCAUCAUGUUGACGUGACUCAACAGAAAGACCGACAGCUUGUGUUCGUUGUACGGUCUGGAAAAGGACCAAAAGACGUCAUAGCCCUUGAUGACAUCAGCUUCAGCAAACACUGCAGGUUUACGACGAGGAGUCUCCCAGACAACCCGACUAGUUCUAGCACGUCAACGACAGCCACUCCGAAAUCAGGGCACUGUGAGCAGCAAGAGUUCUCCUGCCUCUCUGACGGCUUAUGCCUGCCUUACGACCAUGUGUGCGACUUCCGAAAGGAUUGCAGUGACGGAAGCGACGAAAGACUUUGUGUACAACCAAGCUGUGACUUCGAGAAGGCUAAUCUUUGCGGGUGGGCCGUCACAAACAAUGCCUCACUCGUGAUUCCGGCUGCUGCCUCUCGACGGUUCACUUCCUAUUUCUUUGAUGACGAAUUCACGUGGAAAGUCAUUCAGGCCAAUGAUAAAUCUGACAAGGCAAACGUCGCCAUGCGGCCUCGAAUCGAUCAUUCGGAAGGAACACAGCAGGGUUGGUACGCUCUCGCUAAUUCGGCGUACGGCGGAAUGACAGACGCCAGCUUGUUGUACUCCCCACAACCACUGUCGUACACGGCGGGCUCCUGCCGGCUCCAGGCAUGGUACUACUGCUCCGACAGCUGUCUCUUGCAGCUGAUGCUCUACGCAUCUAACCUAGGUGUCCACGAAAGGCCUCUCUGGACCGCUUUCCGCACGCGCCCGAGGGAGUGGAUGCAAGUGAAGAUACCAGUUGGAAUCAUUCGGGGCGCUCACCUUGCAUGGCGGGCUUGGAGGGGCAGUAGCGAGAAGCUUGUUCAAGCUCUCGACGACCUUAACUUUGUUGAAUGUGAGCCGCCAACACAGCGAGGUUCUAGUUGUCCCGAAGAUUUGUUCAGAUGCAUCAAGGGCAGCUGGUGCAUAGAAAGAAGUCGGCUUUGCGACCAAGCAUGGGACUGUGAGGAUGGUAGCGACGAGACAAGCGUGGCGUGCUCUUCAGUCAGGAGUAGGUGUUCUUUUGAAGAUGUUCACUGUGAAGAUUGGACAAACGACGUGACUCCAGAGGCCCGCCUUCUGUGGUCGAGAAGGAUCGCUCGUGAGGCGGAGAGCAAGUUACCCCUGACCGACCACUCCACAUCGAGCGGCCAAGGUGCCUAUAUAGCUGUGCACAAUCCAUGGGAACAACCAAUGAAGGAAACCAGUUGUGCACGCUUGGCAUCCUACGUCAUCAGCACAAACCCCAAACUGACCUGUCACGUGCGGUUCUGGUAUAACCUGCCCGAACGAGGUAUCACACUGGAUGUGUACCGCCAGACGAACCUGGGAACCGGUGGGAACGCGCAUGUGUUAACACUGCCAGUGACAGGACAAGAUAUCUGGGAACGCACGGACAUUGAUCUCGGAACCCACGAUCAAGCAUUCAGAGUUGUUAUAGAAGCCGUGUACAGUGUCAACGUGACACAAGGUGUCGCCUUAGACGACAUCACCUUGACCGACGGCUGUAGAAGAGCGGAAAAUGAACUGCCUGGAAAAGUCCCGGCGAAUGAAACAAACCCAAUCCCGGGAUGUGGCCCGGAUCGUAUUCCUUGCAACGACGAGGGCUGCUACUUGCCUGCGCAGCGAUGCGACUUUAUUGCCAACUGCAAAGAUGCCACGGACGAGAAUGACUGCGGAGCAAGCUGCAACUUCGAGAAGGACCUUUGCGGCUGGUUCAGCUCGUUGUCCGAAAAAGAUAAGUGGCAGAGAGCUCGAGAUGACACUGGCGAUCACACCUUAGGAACUAUGAAGGGUCAUUACAUGCGCCCAGACAUGAGCCUUCAGAAAGAUUCUUCUGGUGGACGAGCGCAACUCCAUUCCAAGAUUUUCAGAGAAUCGGGGCCCGAGUGCAACUUCUCCUUCUGGCUCUAUUCAGCCGAGAAGAUAAAUAUGUCUAUUCUCAACGUUUACGUGAAGCAAGCAAGAGUUGCGCCAAAGGUGGAGAACAUUCUCUCGUUAGCCGAGAAGAACAUGGCCCAGGAACUAUGGACGCCCGUUACAAUAAGUCUUGGUAGACGGGUUGAGUUUGGCGUCAUUGUUGAGGCUGUGUGGGGCACAAGUGGUCAUUCAAGUUUCCGCCUUGAUGACUUCCUCUACCAGAAAUGCAGACCAGACCACCAUGCCAGCAGCUGUGCGGAAAGUGAAUGGAUGUGCGCUCAUCUAGCUCAGUGUGUUUUCCAGUUCGAGCGCUGUGACGGGAAGAGAGAUUGCUCAGACGGCAGCGAUGAGCAAGACUGCGUCUAUGGUUUUGGUGACUGCAAUUUCUACGAAGAAGACUGGACAGCGGCAUGCAACUGGACAGUCGACAUCAUUGGCGGCCAACCAUCGUGGAAGCGAGCUAAUGAAUCCCAUUCUGAGGACACAGGCCCUCCUAGCUCACAUCGUGGAACACCUGGAACCUAUUUCCUGCUCGCCAACAGCACCGAGCUGCCACUGGGUUCGGUGGCAGUUGCCCGGACACCCCACUUCCCAGCAAGUGAAAACAAGUGCCACCUCAGGUUCUGGUAUUUCAUGAAAGGUUCGCCAUCUAUGGAGUUUCUCCGGGUGGAGACACAGGGUGCGGGUUCCAGACUGCCCAUGUGGCAAGAGGUCGGACCCCAGGGAUCCCUAUGGGCAUACGCACACGUGGUGGUCGGUCACUCCGAGCCUUUCACGGUCGCCUUCCUUGCUCAGCGCGGAGGUGACGCGCUCACCGAUAUCGCAAUCGACGAAGUGACCUUUACACCCUCUUGCCAGGAAGGAGGUACUGCUGAUACCAGGAAACACCGAUCACUGUGCAGCCGAGACGAGUUUUUGUGUGCGGACAGAAGAAUGUGCUUGCCUCGAAGUUUCGUCUGCGAUUGCGAGAACGACUGCGAAGAUGGCAGUGAUGAAACCGAUUGUGGAAUGACAUGCACAUCAGGAGGAACAACAGUUAGUGGGAAAGCAACUGGUCGCCCACUUUCCCCUGGCGCUUGGUCUGUGCCCACAACACCACGCUCACUUUGCGUCUUUCCCGGCGAAUUCAGUUGUGGUAGCAGCAAUAGUUCCUGUAUUCCUGGUCUGCUCCUGUGUGACGGAGUACCUGACUGUCCCAACGCAGAGGACGAGAAGCAGUGUGAUGGCAGAGACACUUGCCCGGAGAACUACUACUACUGUCGUGACCCUUCGUCUUGUCUACACCAAUCCAAGCUUUGCGACGGCCGAGCCGAUUGCAGCGAUGGAUCAGAUGAAUCUAUUUGCUCUGCCUGCCCUGACUACUUUUGUCGCAACGGUGGCAGCUGCAAGUUGGAACGAGGAACAGGUGCUCCACAGUGCGCCUGCCCAGACAUCUUCGGGGGAAACCGUUGCGACCGACAGCUAACCGUGGGACCUACGUCUCCACUGCAGCAGACACACAUUGCUGGGUGGUCCUACGGAACCCCUGUUAUCGUUGUUUUUGUGAUUGCUUUUGUCAUCGUGGCCCUCGUUCUGUGGAGAAGGAGAGUAUCAACUAGAGAGGAGACUGAACCCGUGACAAUCAACAACCCAACGUACGGGCUGCAACUUGAUGAAGGAGACACCAAUACCUUGGCAGGCAAUCCCCUUCAUAGUGACUGUUGAAUGGCGGUUGUGGCUGACAAUGGUGCUUCAGAAGAGCAUAUAUAAGGUAUAUCCAAAAGAUGGAAUAAAACGUAUCUCAAGAAU